AUGCCACUUAUUGCCUUUUGGACAACAUUUCCGAGGAAGAAGACACGUUGUGAUGAAGAAAUAACAGGUCUUCUGCCCGGUGCAGAAAGAUGUGCUUAUCAGUGCAAACUCAUAGAUAGACAAGAAGAGAAACUCUACACUCAAAGCGCUUCUGCCUAUCUUUUUCAUGGAAGUCUCUUCAACCAUUAUGACUUACCGAAACCAAGUUCAAGAUAUUUGAACGUUCUUCUGCUGAGGGAAGCGCCUAUACGAGUGGAGAUGUGGUGGGGUGGACAAAUUUAUAAGCUGUUCAUGGCGCUUAGGAAAAAGACCAAAGGCUCCUUGUUUUUUAUUUCAAACUGUAGGACGCCUUCAAGACGUGAAAGAAAGAUCAGAGAAUUGAGCAAAUUUACCGAAAUUACUGCAAGAGGCAAAUGUGAAAAGUUCUUUUCCAUAAAUGGCAGCGCAGAAAGCUAUAACUGCAAGUCCGAUUGCACGGAUGACGAUUUGAUAGCUACUCAUCGCUUUUACAUUGCAUUCGAGAACAGCAACUGCGAUGAUUACAUAACGGAAAAGUUUUAUUCUCGUAUCUCAAAACUGCUUGUCCCGGUGGUUUCGGAACGUCGAAUAUACAGAGGCAUUCCAUCAUACUCUUUCAUAGCAGCAGAUGACUUCAGUUCUCUUCGAGAUCUGGGAAACUACCUGAAUUAUUUGCGUAGAAACGACACCGCAUACCUCCGGUUAGUUCUACAUGUGAUUUAA